AUGAGUAUAGACUCAAGUCCGGGUUCGACAGAACCCACGCCUACUACCACAGCCGCUACAUCGGGUGGCGACACCGGCACCAAAUCAGCCCAAGAAAAAGAGACACAACCCACAUUAUCAACCUCAAUUAUCUCAACACUAUGCUCCCCCUUCAGCACGCUCUUAUCUGCAACCACGCUCUACCAAGGCAGCAAGGAGGAUGCAUCCCCGCCAAAUAGCAUCUCCAAGAACGAGCAAGAGCAAGAGCAGUCCAAAUCUCAAGAACAAGAAAAAGAACCACAGCCAGAGUUACUAGAGCCAGAACCAGAACCAUAUUACAAACCAAAUGAGGUUCCGCUUUUCAAAACGCUCCAAAAGAAGCGACUAUCAGGGACACGCACGAAGCAACUUCUCCGCGCGGCGGGUCGAGCCUACAAUGAUCCCCCGCCACCGCCGGAACUGGGCACUUGCUGUGGCAGCUCGUGUGAUCCUUGCGUUAAUACUCUGUGGCGCGAGGAGAGGGAUGUUUGGAGGGAGAGGUGGGGUGAUAGGAAGGUUGAGGGUGAAUAUGCGGAUGGAAGGAAGGAUUUGGAGUGGUGA